AUGAUGGAUUGCUUCCAAUCCGUGAGGAACCAGUUUGGUGUGGGGAGCUCGACCAUCAGGGCCCUGGUCAUGCAGGUGGUCAGGACCAUCAACUCCAUCCUGCUGCGGAGGGUCAUCUACCUUUGCAAUGUGGACACCAUCAUUGCUGGUUUUGCUGACUUGGGCUUCCCCAGCUGUGUGGGAGAGGGUGUUAUUGGCAGCACCCACAUCCCCAUCCAGGCCCCCGAUCACUGGGCAUCUCUCUACACCAGCCAGAAGGAAUACUUUUCAAUGGUCCUGCAAGCCGUGGCGGACCACUGGAACCAGUUCACCAACAUCUGUGUUGGAUGGUCAGGGAAGGCACACAACGCGCAUGUCUUUAGGAACUCUAGUAUGUUCCACAAGCUGCAAGCCGGAACGUUUGUCCCCGACCUCACCAUCAGGGUCGGGGAUGUGGACAUACCCGUCUGCAUGGUGAGGGAUGCGGCCUUCCCUCUCCUGCAUUGGCUCAUGAGGCCAUACACCGGACACCUCAACCCCUCUCAAGAACAGUACAGUACCAGGCUCAGCAGGGACCGCAUGGUCAUGGAGGGUGCCUUUGGCCAUUUGAAGGCAUGGUUCAGAUGCCUCCUCACCCAGCUGGACCUCAGGGAGCACAACAUUCUGCAUGUGUUGGUUGUCGUCCUCAAGCAGUGCCACGAGGGCAGCCUGCAAAAACAGCGCCAGGAGGUGCAGCAGGUCCGGUUCCACGGAGAGUGCUGUGGUGUCUGCAAGGGCGACCAGAGCCUGCCGGUGUGGUAUUUGCUGUCCCUCGAGGAGGUGGGCAAAGGGGAAGAGGAGUCUGAAACAUGA